GGCGGGGUGUGUUUGUUCAGUCAGCCAGCCAGCGCCGCCGCAGGCAGCAGGAGCGGGCGAUGAUGGAGGGGGGAAGCAGGCUUCCGUUGAUGAAGUAUGGAUCUGUUCUGUCCCUUUUCGUGGUUCUGUUAGCCAUCUGGUUCCGUUCACCGCAGAACACGGUGCUUGACGACCGGCUGGACACGGUGCUUUCGUCUCUGCUCCGGGCUGAGAGGAAAGUCGGGGUUAAUGACGCCAGACCCAGAGUGGCAGUUGGUUUUGGUGGCUGCGUCGACCUUAUAGUAGACGGCGUGUCGUUCCUAAAUAAGAUAGGCCUCUCUCACACAGACCAGCCAUUGCAUUAUGACUAUCUGGAAAAUGCUGAACAACUGGCUCAGAGCUUUGCCUACUUCUUUGCGCCAGGAGCUGCUGCAGAGCGUUUUAUGAUUAAUGAAACCCUCUUCAGUGAGCUGGUGGACGGCGCCCGUGACUUACCUGGAAACAGGUGGUCCAUAGGUGGCAAUGCUCCUGUGAUGGCUGGUCGCAUGGCAACAGAGGGAUGUGACGUGUUGUUAGGGGGAAGUUUCAGCACCGAUUUCACUGAAGUUUUGUCCCAGCACAUUACAGUGGCUGGUAAAGUGAUAGAAGAGCCAGACAUACAUCUGAUCCUUGAAUAUUCAUCUGGUUCCAGCUGGGGGACGUACACCUCACGUAGAGCAAACAGAUAUAUCAUUCACAGUGAUGCUCAUAACCCCUACUUGGACUCUUUGGAAGAGUUUGCUGAGAAACUGGAAGGCUUCAAACCUGAUCUGCUGGUGGUGGGAGGGCUUCAGAUGAUGGACAACUUCCCCUUUAAUACAGGUGAGCGAGAGGCGGUCCUCUCCCGGCUGGCCGACCUGCUGACCUCCUCGUCGCCUCAGAUCGGCAUCCAUUUUGAGAUGGCAAGUUUUGUGGACGAGAAUAUAGUAGACGACCUUCUUCACCAUGUCAUCCCUCAUGCAGACUCUUUAGGCAUGAAUGAACAAGAACUCCCCAAUCUUCUCAGCCUACUCAAAGGCUCCAACAUCACGGUGCUGUCGGACCCAAACCCUCGCGUAGCGACCGUCCUCGACCAGAUGAGGGAGGUUUACCGCAUCCUCAACCAGCGCUACCAGGCUGCUAGCUCAGGCGGCGCCACCAGUGGCGGUAAAUCGAAGGGUAAGCCUCUGACUCGCCUCCAUGUCCACACUCUGGCCUUCCAGGCCAUGAUUGUGACACGCGGCUCUCAGUGGAAGAACACCAUGUCCGCCACCGCCAAGGCCUCGCUCACGGCGAACCGUCACGUCUGCGGCUCAAACGACAUCGACCUGAGCAAAGCCAGGCUCAUUAUGGACGACUCGUUCUCCGUCAGCCACCGCGAGGGCAGCCAGCGCAUCCCGCUGCUGGAGAGCCGGCCGGUCAGCUGCUGGGAUGAGGACGACUACCAGAUCUGCGUGGCGCCGGUGCUGGUGUGCACCGACGUUUAUCAGACUGCGGGUGGAGGGGACAACGUCUCUGCUGCCGGCUUGGUACUGCAGAUUUAAAGAGGGACACCAGAUCGUCCUUUUUACUCUCGAGUCUCGGUGUGUUGCACCCGAUCCUUCAGGUACUGACAUGGCUGCACGGCUAACACUAUCAUUAAAUUUGCAGCUCUGGGCCCAAACUGAGAAUCAUAAAGUCAUUGUUAUUACUUCAGAGUCGGAUCAUGCAUAUUUCAUAGAGUUGACUCUGUUCUAACUUUCACAAGACAUGCAAUAGAAAAUCAUAAAAUGUUAAAUUGUAGUUUUCUUUCUAAUCCAACUGGAUUUUCUUUAGUUUCAGGACAGUCUCAUUGAUUCACUGUCACUGAAACUUAGUAGCUACAAUUUUUCGUUUUAGAUAAUUUUUAACAAUAAAACAUUUCUAAAACACUCUGAUAAAUCUGUUUCAUCAUCCGACUCUGGUGAUUUUAAUGAUUUGUCCUAUCAUUUCUCUGAGGCCUUAAAAAAACUUGACACUUGUUCUGGAUGAGACAAAGAGGUUUAGAUGUGAUCAGAUGUUUGUGUUGCACCACUCAGCUUUUGUUAUGAUUUUUGACCAAGAUUUGCACACGCAUCUUUUGUAGGAUCAGUUGUAUUUGUAUUUCAACCUUGAGCGCAGCUAUGCAGUUAAGAAUCUGAAAUAAUUAAAUCUUCUGUUUCUUUGCAGGAUGUGAAUUACAAAUGCCUCACUUGCCUUUUAGCAAAUAAUUUAUUCUGUAGAAACGGCGAGUUUUGAGUGAAAACCUGCUGGAUUCAAACCGUUGAUUCCUCUUCUCUCUGCUUCCUCAGUCUCUGAGGUAAAACGCUCCCGUUGCUCCCUGCAUAUAUGAAAAUUGUGGUUUUGGUAUGUUUGUGUUUGGACUUGUAAUUUGUCUGUAGUUCAGUUGCAGUGAAAUAAUGCAAAAAUAAUUGUGGAGUCACGUUUGGUUUCUAGAUGUAAUGACUUUCUCUGUAGCUCCAUGCUCUUUUAGUUUUACCCCUCCGUCACUUUAUUUAUGGACCAAAUCUCUCCUUGCAGUUCUGGAUUAAGCAGCUCAUCAUAGUUAUGUUUGAGGUUUAAUGGGACAUUAUAAUAUGUAUAAAUGACAUCAGUGGACCAUUCAUAAAAUAUGUAUUUAUAUGUCUAGUUUCCAUCUGGCAUUGGAUGUUCUCAACUUCUUCCUCUUUUUGUUUGGGAAAAUUACAUUACAUUUAUUUUGUUUUUAUUUACUAAUGCAACUGAACUGUAAUUGACAUGAAGCCAACUCUAUUUUCUCACUAUGUAGAAAUCAAACAUUCCUGCUGCUGCUGUUUGUUCUCCUCUCAGAUUGAAAUGUGUUUCAUCCCUAUGUCUUUACAUAAAGUUUCUUUUCUUGGUAAAAAUUAAUUCAUUUUUUUUUUUUUUGCAAAAACCACUUUAUAUGUGCAACACAUGAUUUUGUUACAUAGUAUGAGGUCAGAAAUUCAGGAAAAUGUGGAAAUCUCUUUAAAUCUUGUGUAUUUGUUUUGCUUGUAAUUGGUGAAUCUGAGGGUAAAUGAGCCUUAUUCUGUUUUUACUGUUGGUGUUUCAUAAAAUCAGGAUGUUUUUUACAGCCUGUUUCUGUGGAUUUCUGUUUGAAGUGUAUGUAUUUGUCUUAAACUGUGAUUUAAAUGCUAAUCUGGCAGUGGAUGGAAACACUGCAGCAUGCUCAGUGAGGGAACCGUUUGUUUGUCUGGGCACUUAUCUACGCGUUGGAUAAGUGGAUCAUUCAUGUGUGUUCUGCAGCUGUGUAACUGUUUCAUGCAUGUUGAGUCAUUGCAGAAUCAUCUGAUAAAAUGCUGAUCAGCAA